AUCGUUUAGAAAGAGCGUUAUUACAUCACAAAUUUAUCAGAAAUACAUCGUAGUAUCGUCCAGGGACUAUUGGGACGUUUCAUUCAAGAUUCGCUAGAUGUCGCUCAUACUAUACAAGUCACUUCGAACUUUGACCUCACAUUUCCCGCCAAAAUUUUGAUAAGACUGAAAUGGCGACAGAAACUCGACAGGAGUCGGCAGGUUGUACCGAAAACGGCAACUCUAGAGACCUCAUGGAUACGCCAAGUAGGAAGAGAAGAGUCGGGGAAGUCACGGACAGCAUUUCUACUCCAGAAAAGAAGACGUGCAGUAGUAAUGGGCGGGUCGACCUGAACAAGAAGCGCUCAGACUACCUGGAGUGGGACGAGUACUUCAUGGCUGUGGCCUUCCUGUCAGCACAGAGGAGCAAGGACCCCAGCUCACAGGUUGGGGCCUGCAUUGUGAACUCAGAGAAGAAGAUCGUGGGUAUCGGGUACAACGGGAUGCCGAACGGCUGCAGCGAUGACAAGUUACCCUGGAGCAGGACAGCGGAGAACAGACUGGAUACUAAGUACCCGUAUGUAUGCCAUGCAGAGUUGAACGCCAUCCUGAAUAAGAACUCUGCCGAUGUGAAGGGCUGUACCAUGUAUGUGGCACUCUUCCCUUGUAAUGAGUGUGCCAAGCUGGUCAUACAGUCUGGAAUCCGGGAGAUUAUUUUCGUGUCCGACAAGUACCACCACACUCCGGAGAUGACCGCAUCACGCACACUGUUGGACCUGGCAGGAGUCAAGUACACGCAAUUUGUCCCCAAGAGGCAGCAGAUCACCAUCGCCUUUGACGCCAUCAACCCCACUGUCACCAACCCGCUGGCCUCCAUUGCAUCGCCCUGACAACUGUAGGCAUGACAAUGCUGAAGCCAACUUGGUCAUAUGAUUUGGGGAUGAUUUAAACAAAUGAUUGUACUCAAGUUCUACUCAACAUGAAGGAUAAAGUAUAUUUGAGAGUCAUAUCUCUGGAAAAAAAGUUUGACUCAAGAUGCAUUAUCUUAGGAAAAUCUUUACAAAUUUACCUUGGUCUAGCUUGUACAGAGUAAAAUUAUAAUGAAGGCUAGGAAUUACAGGUUAUUUAUAGAAAUAUAUUCAAUGUUGGUAUGGAGGUAAUGGCUUGAGUGAUUCUAAAACACUGUCCAGGAGAAGUUUGGAAAUCAUGUUUGAAAUUUCAUCUGUGGCCAAUUUUUUCCACACAUCAUUUUGUUGACAUUUACAUUACUUUAGAUCACAAUAAAUCAAAUACAAUUACAUGUAUAUCCUAUAGAAGACUCCAUAAGAGUCUAAAAGAUUUAUAUAACAGACCAGCUAUGUCUUUUUUACUUUUAAGAGUCAGGCAUGUGGUUGUGUAGUUCUAUCUUCAAGAAUGUUCUCAAAAGGUGUGCAAUGAACUAGCUGGUGUGACAAUAGUGGGUUAAGGACAAUAGAUAGUUUUGACACAAUGCUGCAUUAUACUCCUAUAUUUAAAUGAACAUGUUAUCACAUUUCACACUCCAAACUGUGUGGUGUCUUAUUGUGUUGUGCAUCUUCAUGUGGGGACAUGGGGAUGUUUUUUUUUUUUAUGGGGACAGAAGCGACACCUAGUAACUCAUAGCAGUACUUCAACUGGAGCUGACUGGUAUGAGCAGUGCGGUCCAAAAGUUGAGAUUUGAAGCAAAAUGCAC